AUGGAAACAGGUGCAAGAAUGACAGAGCGAAUCUCAGCGGCGACUGCGGAUCCAUCGUCUGCCACGACCGCAGCAGCAUCAGCAGGAGCGGCUAUCACGCCGAUUACCGCAGCGAUGCUGCGUGCGCAUACGAUCUCGUACGUGAUCCAUGGCAGCACGCGCUCUGGUCCGUGUUGCGCGUCUUGCAAACCAGCGCUGGCGCGUCUGUCGGCGAUUGUCGCGGAUGUUUGCAAGCUAGCGUCGAAUUCGAGCACCAAGUCGAUACGUCAAUUGCUGGAUGACUGGCACCUGUACUCGCACCUGCUGGUACCGUCGAUUGGUUCAAAUGUACCACGGUGGUCGUGGGAUGCACAUCAACAGGCGGCGUUGGUCAUCUCGCAGCACACCGAGUUGCAAGAAGCACUCUCGGCGCUGCAGUCCAUCUCGCUGCUCGUCAACGAGCGCAAACUUCUCGAUUCCGCCAAAUCAAUCGCUAGCGCUACGCAUGUCUCGCUUCUCCAACACCUCCAACUCGUCCAACUCAACAACAAGCACAACCACGACCGUACACACUCUCGUCUCCUAGCUCUCGUCUCUGCCUGGUCCCACUACACAUCCACGCUCAGUCGCGCAUUCACGUUGCUAGAUGCCCAACUAUGGCAGUUGGAACGCGACGUGUCUGCUAUCGAACGCCAACGCGCCCCUGCCUCUCGCUCCUCUUGA